GCGCAGGAGAGGCGGGCGCCGGCGGGUAAAACAAUUCUGCCGUUUGCUUUGAAAACAGCUGAUGACACAGGAUAAUGUGCUGACUGGCAUUAUGGGCAGGCGAUACCCAGGGGCUCACUGUCGUCAAAGCAAUUCAUAUUUCAAAUUACAGUCCCUUUCCUGAUCCAUUGCUGAAGCCCAGUGAUCCAUGUCAGAAGUACUCCCAGUGGACUCGGGUGUGGAUACCUUGGCAGGGUUUAUGGCAAGCAACGGCACGACGGACAUCGUGAAUCGGAACGGUCCUGCCACUCCGCCUAACACUCUCCUCCUGCGGUCCUCCCAUAAUGAACUGCUGAAUGCUGAAAUCAAACACACAGAAGUCAAGAACAGCACCCCUCCAAAAUGCAGGAAAAAAUAUGCCCUGACUAACAUCCAGGCAGCGAUGGGCCUUUCGGAUCCUGCUGCCCAGCCCCUUCUGAGCAACAAUUCCUCCAACAUAAAGUUGGUGAAGAAUGGAGAAAACCAGCUUAGGAAAGCAGCCGAGCAGGGGCAGCAAGAUCCUAAUAAAAAUGUGCCUGCUCCGACAAGCACUACAGGCAUAAACAUCGCUUCCGAGAAGUUGGAGGGGAAGGAGACAAGCCAGCGGGAUUCUUCAGGCAGUGAGAUACUGCCUGCCCAGUGCCGAAGAACCAAGAGCUUCCUAAACUACUAUGCAGACCUUGAGACAUCGGCACGGGAUGUUGAUCAGAAUUACGGGAACAGCCAAGGGGCAGGGGAGGAGAAAUCCUCUUUGCAACCCAAUGGCCAGGCAUCGACGCUGAUUGUUAAUGGGGAUGCAUUGCCUCGGAAGCAAAACAAACCAGGGACUCCAGAAGAUAGACAAAUAGCCACCAUAUCAUCAAGUCCAGAGACAAAAAAGGAUCACCCUAAAACAGGGGCCAAAACCGAUUGUGCACUGCACAGGAUUCAGAACUUGGCGCCAAGUGAUGAAGACUCAAGCUGGACGACGUUGUCGCAGGAUAGCGCUUCUCUGAGUUCACCGGAUGAAACAGCAGAUAUAUGGAGUGAUCAGUCAUUUCAGACGGACCCUGACUUACCACCAGGCUGGAAGAAAAUCAACGACAUCGCUGGGAUUUAUUACUGGCACAUACCAACAGGAACAACCCAGUGGGAGUGCCCCAGCUCAGUGCCAACAGAGCUUCAGGCCACAAGAAAAGGGUCGUUUAGUUCCAUCACCCCAUCUCCCACUCCAGAAACAGAGAAACAGCCAUGGAGUGAUUUUGCAGUACUGAAUGGGGGAAAGAUUAAUAGUGACAUUUGGAAGGAUCUUCAUGCAGCCACAGUGAACCCAGAUCCCAGCUUAAAGGAGUUUGAAGGAGCAACGUUGCGCUAUGCCUCUUUGAAGCUCAGAAAUGCCCCACAGUGUGGUGAUGAUGAUGAUUCCUGUAGCAUCAAUAGUGAUCCAGAAGCCAAGUGCUUUGCUGUUCGGUCUUUGGGAUGGGUAGAAAUGGCAGAGGAGGAUCUGGCCCCUGGAAAAAGCAGCAUUGCUGUAAACAAUUGUAUCCGGCAGCUCUCCUACUGCAAAAACGAUAUACGGGACACAGUUGGCAUUUGGGGAGAGGGAAAAGACAUGUAUCUUAUCCUGGAGAAUGACAUGCUAAAUUUGGUUGACCCCAUGGAUCGCAGCAUUCUUCACUCUCAACCCAUCGUAAGCAUCCGUGUCUGGGGAGUAGGCCGUGACAAUGGCCGAGACUUUGCUUAUGUGGCAAGAGACAAAGAUACACGGAUUUUGAAAUGCCACGUCUUUCGAUGUGACACUCCAGCAAAAGCCAUUGCCACAAGCCUGCAUGAAAUCUGUUCUAAGAUUAUGGCUGAACGGAAGAAUGCCAAAGCUGUGGCUUGCAGCUCGUUGCCAGAGCGGACGAAUGCCACUCUUGAUGUGCCCAUGCAAGUAGAUUUUCCGACACCAAAGACGGAGCUGGUCCAGAAGUUCCACGUCCAGUACUUGGGCAUGCUUCCUGUAAUUAAGCCAGUGGGUAUGGACACCCUGAAUGGUGCUAUAGAAAGCCUUACGGAUUCCUCCAGCAGAGAGGACUGGAUGCCCGUCACCAUGAACGUUGCUGAUGCUACCGUGACGGUUAUCAGUGAAGGAAAUGAAGAGGAAGUUGUAGUGGAAUGUCGUGUACGCUUCUUAUCCUUUAUGGGAGUGGGGAAGGAUGUCCACACAUUUGCCUUCAUCAUGGACACUGGGAACCAGCAUUUUGAGUGCCACGUUUUCUGGUGCGAACCCAAUGCAGGCAACGUGUCAGAGGCAGUUCAGGCUGCUUGUAUGCUACGGUACCAGAAAUGCUUGGUUGCCCGGCCUCCUGCGCAAAAAGUCCGACCCCCGCCACCUCCUGCAGACUCAGUGACCAGAAGAGUAACAAGCAAUGUGAAACGAGGAGUGUUGUCCCUCAUUGACACUUUGAAACAGAAACGCCCCGUCACCGACAUGCCCUAGCUGCCACCCCAGAAAACCCAGAUUUCUCAGAACGCCCAGUGGAAAACGCAGUAACUGCACUGAAGACGGCGAACUGAUCUUUGGCCUUCCAGUUUAAUGGGUGAUGCUUUGUCUUCAGAGAAUUUACCCUUAUCGAAAUUAAUAUUAGACAAGCAUGUUCUCUUGGUCUUGACACCAUCAUGUGAUAUGAAAAGAAGCAUGAAUAAUUUUUUUUGCUGUGAGUUACCACGAGGAGUGGAAGAUCUGAUUCCCAACUGUAAAUAUUAUGAACGUUACUUAAAAUCACACAUACCCAAGAAAGGAGCGUGGCACAUCACUCCUAACAAAUUGCCCUUAAUAUCCCGAGAGAGACCUCUGCCCAAACUGAUCCUCUCACCGCCCCCCUGAGCUGGAUUUUGGCAUAAGCUGCCCUUAGAUCCUAAAGCACUUUGUCCUCAUUUUCAACACUGAAAUGCAUACCAAGUAUUAUUAGUGUCGCUUUUUAAAUUUUUUUACAACACUCAGUAACCAAUAUUCCAUACUGUACACCAGAAUAACCACUUUUCAUGUUAUGUCAGAAAGUGUCUUCAAAGGCAGCAGAUUUCCUAUGCAGGCACAGCUUCUUUGUGUGAACUAGUGUGUGUUUGUUUCGCUGCAGAUACCAGCACUAGAAAGUUGCCCUUCCCAGUAGAUGUGCAGCCAAACAGAUGCAUGUUCAGUUCUCAGAUGGAACCCAGUACAUAGUUCCGUCUGCAGGAAAUCUAUCAUGUUCAAAGUAACCUCAACAGAGUUGAAGUCAUACUUCUUUCAGUGCCAGACUCUACCUUUUAAGAGUUCACAGAACAGCGUGGGAAGGGCGUGCUGGCUUUUAACUCUGAGAGAGACAAGAGCCAACAGUGAUGGCUCAACAGGUUCUCAGGUGUCCCUUACAUUAUCACAGAUGUUUUAUGUCUCUUUUCACCCUGAUAUAAAGGCAGAAACGGAGUUGCAGGUCUGAGUAUGAGGCUGAAAAAGUAAAAUCAAACCUCUUCAUCUUCACCCUCCCCCCCACCCCAUAUAACACACUUGAACAGAGCCAUGUUUUCAGAAAUCUAAUGUGGUACUUGACAAGUACAUACUGAUGUCAGGAUCCCCCAAACAGGGUUUCAGUACUCCAGCCUGAGUUAAAACAUCAAUAAAAGUGCAAGACAGACUCGGUGCAACUCUUUAACAGUAAGCCUUGAGUGUAUGUGGAUUUUUCCUUUUUUUAUACCCCUGAGCACUGAGCCAGUAAUUUUAUAGUGCACACACAAAGGACAUAUUUUUGACACACAAGACCCAUUCUAAUACUGAGAAUACUGAGCGCUGAAUACUUCUGUAACUCUAAACGAAGGAAUUUUACAUUCUCAAAUGAAUUUUAUAUGUAAUGGAAGCUCAUUAUAUCAGAACUUCUAAAGCCAAGUAAAACAUGUGCCCUCACACAUUUUUUUUUGGGGAAGAUUUCAUGAUCACAAACUCCGCAUGGUAGUUUCUUCCACCUUUCUGAUAGAACUUGCAUUAUUUGGGGUGGUUCUCUGAUGUUCUUCAGAUGUAGUGUUUAUCACUUCGAUAAUGAGUGGUACCAAGAUCACCUACCCAGCUGCUGCAGGAAAAAACGUAGGCUCAUUGUGCUCUCUGACCACAGUUAGACUUCGGGCAACAGAGAAAAGCAGGGCUUUAGGGUUGUCUCACAAUACAGGAAGAACAAAAACGGCCAAAGGAGCAAGCCACGGGCUUUUGCACACCCAUCUUCACCGUGCUGAGACCAUUGUAAUGUGAACUGAAGGGUGCACACACCACACAGAGAGAUGCUUAAAUCUAGAAGUCUUACUCAUGCAAUCAGGUCCCCAGCCAUAAAGAAGGUCUGACUGCACCAUGCUCUUCCCAAAGUAUCAUGCCCUGGGGGGCUGAUCACUUACUUUGCUGCAUGGAGGCCAUGCAGUUUACAGAGCUUGACGGACAGCAGCCACCACCCACAAGAGGAGAGGGCUCCUCUGCACACAGUUACUUCCUGAGCAAGUAUUGGAAAACUGCAUCCUCUUGCAUGGACAGUCCUGUGUUGGCAGCAAUGGAAAUUGAUCCGUUGGGGCUUUUCACCCUGAGCAUAGCUGUGUGUGCGCGCUAACAUCUGAUGGUGUUAAGUUUUCCUACAUCAAAGUGACAUUGGUCCAGCCAGUAAGUGCCAGAAGCAACCCUGUGAGACCAGCUGAAGCCAUCUUUUCUGAAGCUGAAAGUAAUAACAACAUUCGAUUUAUAUACCACCCUUCAGGACAACUUAACACCCACUCAGAGCAGUUUACAAAGUGUGUUGUUAUUAUCCUCACAGCAAUCACCCUGUGAGGUGGGUGGGGCUGAGAGAGCUCUGAGAGGGCUGUGACUGGCCCAAGGUCACCCAGCUGGCUUCAAGGGGAGGAGUGGGGAAUCAAACAGGGCUCUCUGCUCUUAACCACUACACCAAACUGGCUCCAAGUGCCAGGCGUAUGUCCUAUGUUCACUGUACAUAUUUCAAAUAGGUCUACAAUGUUUCUGCCUCCACUCCAAAGAGCAGGAGAUAUUAAGCCAAGAGUUGUGCAAAUUUGCUUUUGCUGUCUCCCAAAGACAAGAUGGAGCUGGUUUGCACAUGCACAACUAGAAUUUCAGGUAGCGUGAAGGAAAGAGACGGAGACUGCACUAUAGUCCCUUUAACGCAGAUCUUGCUAAUUGAGUUCAUUCAUACGUUCAGCUACAGAUCAUCAAGUGCUGCUACAUGAACAUGUGAACUAGUCCCUAUGCCUCGUGUUAAAGAUCUAAAAGAUGGAAAAUUUAUACUGGUAUUUAAUAAUGGUCUUCCUCGAUUUUUCGAGAUACAUUUGCAAGUUAACAAGACCAGAAUUCAGCCUCUGUAUACAUUUUUAGCUUAGAAAAACUCUUCUUAUUCUGUAGUUAACUGACAUGACACCACCACCUAUGCAAAGGCAAUGCAGGGGAAUUUGCCUCCUGGAGGAAAUGAGCCCAGGGAGUUCUUAGUAACUGAGGAGGUGAAACGGAUCUCCUAGUCAGGAUCGCCAGCCGCCAUUUUAGAGAAGGCCUUCCGAGGAUGCACAUGCUUGGGCCAGUCUGAGCCAGGUUCUUCCAGUCUCACCUUCCUCCAGAAAAAAACAUAUCUAGCCACACAACUCUCUCCCAUUUUUACAAACAUGCAUGCAGGUAACAAUCCUUCUCAAAAAUUAUUUUGGACUUAGUGUGGAACAGUUUAAUGCCCCUGUACACAACGGAGGGGGUUUUUUUUGUCUGUAUUAUAUGACUGUGCUCAGUUAUUCUAACUACUUGCAUUCAAACAGGAAACUUUAAUUCAGUUGUAUUGCAUUAGCCAUCAGUUUAUUUUCUGGACUGCCUUCUCUUCCCAUUCAGCAGUAAAUGCAAUAAAGAGAGCAAGAUGUGCCUGCUUAAAAGCAUUAUAAGGACAAUAUUUCUUUCCAAGUGAUUUCUAUUCUAUUGUUUUUGAUUAUAUACAGCAUUUAAGUUCCACUGGCUCAAAGCAGCCUCUCCAUUCCUUGAAACUAUUUUUUUUAAUAUAGAUACAUAUCCCAAACUGGGAUACUUUGGAAACUUAUUUAUCUGAACAUUGUAUAUGGAGCCUCCUUAUCAAGAGGCAAUAUACCAGAAACUAGGGCCCAGCAAGGAUGAAGAAUCUCCUCUUCACAGCCUGCUUAUGAGCUGCCAGCAGCAACCCGGCCCUGUUGGAAGCAGAAUGCGGGACAAGAUGCCGCUUGGUCUGCGCUGGCACAGCCGCUCUUGUGUUCUCGGCAUUUUGCUACCGUAGCGAAAAUAGUAGACGUAUGGGUUAAGUGUGAACAAAUGCCAAUGACUUUAACUCAAUGUUGUUGUGACACUUCCGUUAUCUAUGCAUUCUUUAUAUAUGUUCACUAGGCCUUGGAUGUUCCAUGUCUUUUUUUAAUUAACCUUGUUAAAUACAGCUUAAAUAUUUUUUAUUUUAUUUAUUCUAUUUUUACUAAAAUAUUCUUUAAUUAUGUUGACAUGCUAUCUUUAUUACUGGAUGUGAUCUCACAAAUAUAUCCAGUGCUAAGUAAUCUCAAUGUACUAUAGGUUGCCUAAAAGACAGAGGAUUUUUGUAAUUAUUUGUAGUCACCUUUUUGAGUAUGUAGAAGAAAAUGGCAAAAAAUGUGUACAGUUAACUAUUAUUUUUAGAUGCUGCUCUCACAAGCCACCUCAUAUACUCUGUUGAAGGAAGGAGAUUGUUGACCACGGACAUUUGUGAUCGCUUAAAGCCUUUCCCUCUCUAAUCCACAGCAAUUCUUUGACACUGUUUGUAACUUCUGUUUAGAUAAGCCAACUAUUUCUUUAAAAGAGUAUGUUUUCAUAACGAUAAAGAGUCACCUAUGAGGGGAAAGAGAAAUUGCAUGAAAGGGCAUUUUGGUCCUGCUUCUUAAUACAAGGAGUUCUUUGCGAUAAACUUUGUGUGCAGAAACACCCCUACGCUAUGUGGGAGGGGGUAGGGACAGAGCUGCUGUCACAGCUGAGUGGAACAAAUCCUACAGAAACCUAAAUGUAAAGCUUGUUACUUUCUAAGUUUCAAGGAUUUUUUUAAAAGUCCAAAACGCAAUGCAACAUGGGUAUCAAAGUGUUAAGUCAAGUGGGGGGGGGCACCAGGGACAAUGGGGUGGGGGGUGGGGGUUUCCACUUCGGUUUCACUGGCUCUGCUUGGCCACGGGAGUUUUAUUGCUAACAUCAUUCACUCCUUCAGCAAGCACAGAGAUUUUAAAUAAGACCCAAGCGAAGGAGCAGAAGCAAAAAGGGAAAAGACACCCACAGUUUAUCAGCAGGAGCUCUCAGUAUUAUGCGAAGUAGAUGAUUUUAAAACAAGGAACAGAUUUUUUUCCUCAGCAUUGUCCACUUUUUACACAUUUAAAUGUACUCUGUUGCAAGAAUAAAUUUAGCUGCAAUUAA